GAUUUACACUCAGCUGUUUUGACGUAACUCUCGCUCGGCAUUUUCCUGUCUUGCAAACUAAAUCAUAUUUUAAAGUUAACAUGGUGCGAUUAAAUUUAGUCUCUUUAACAAAACGUGUGCCUCUUAUACAAUUCCGCAAGGGCGGUCUAUCAGCGGCGAACAACAAGCCAAGCCCAAGUCAACAGGCAAGUUCAAAGGAUUCAGAAGGCAAAAAGGUUACAGGUGGACCAGCAAUCGAAGACUGGGAACUGCCUGCUCGUUAUGCCCGUAAGCCGAUCGACCCACUGGAGGCUGAAUAUAUCAAUAAUGGCGGAAUACCAAAUUAAUACUUGAUUUCGAAAUGACUUAAGCGUUGCUUAAAAUAAAUUAUUUAAUCGAAUGAAUGCCUUGUAAACACAUCGUAAUGCUUUGCUUGUAAUUUGCGUGACAGCUGUUUCGACAUUCACAUGCAAACGCGGACAACAUAUGUUAAGUGUAAAUUUAUUUACGUUGAUUAAAUUACAAGAAUUUUGUAUUGUGCGUAGA